GAUGGCGCCCACCGCAGUCCCGCCCGCCGCAUCCUCGGCGCCUCUGCAGUCCGGCCGCGCCUCCCGAGCCCCGCGCUAGGGCCGUCGCUGCCUCCCUCGCCGCCGCUGCCAGCUGACCUGUCCUGGACGCAGCAUAACUAACGAAGCUGCUGCAGGAUGAGAAGAUGGCAGCGCGGCUGCUCGCACCACCAGGCCCUGAUAGUUUCAAGCCUUUCACCCCUGAGUCACUGGCAAACAUCGAGAGGCGCAUUGCUGAGAGCAAGCUCAAGAAACCACCAAAGGCCGAUGGCAGUCAUCGGGAAGACGAUGAGGACAGCAAGCCCAAGCCCAACAGUGACCUGGAAGCAGGGAAGAGUUUGCCUUUCAUCUAUGGGGACAUCCCACAAGGCCUGGUCGCGGUUCCCCUGGAGGACUUUGACCCAUACUAUUUGACGCAGAAAACCUUUGUAGUAUUAAACAGAGGGAAAACUCUCUUCAGAUUUAGUGCCACGCCUGCCUUGUACAUUUUAAGUCCUUUUAACCUGAUAAGAAGAAUAGCUAUUAAAAUUUUGAUACAUUCAGUAUUUAGCAUGAUCAUUAUGUGCACUAUUUUGACCAACUGUGUAUUCAUGACUUUUAGUAACCCUCCUGACUGGUCGAAGAAUGUGGAGUACACGUUCACAGGGAUUUAUACAUUUGAAUCACUAGUGAAAAUCAUUGCAAGAGGUUUCUGCAUAGAUGGCUUUACGUUUUUACGGGAUCCAUGGAACUGGUUAGAUUUCAGUGUCAUCAUGAUGGCGUAUAUAACAGAGUUUGUAAACCUAGGCAAUGUUUCAGCUCUACGCACUUUCAGGGUACUGAGGGCUUUGAAAACUAUUUCGGUAAUCCCAGGCCUGAAGACCAUUGUGGGCGCCCUCAUUCAGUCCGUGAAGAAGCUGUCAGACGUGAUGAUCCUGACGGUGUUUUGCCUGAGUGUCUUUGCCUUGAUCGGACUGCAGCUCUUCAUGGGAAACCUGCGGAACAAGUGUGUGGUGUGGCCCAUCAACUUCAACGAGAGCUAUCUUGAAAAUGGCACCAAAGGCUUCGACUGGGAAGAGUACAUCAACAAUAAAACAAAUUUUUACAUAGUUCCUGGCAUGCUGGAACCUUUACUCUGUGGGAACAGUUCUGAUGCUGGGCAAUGCCCAGAGGGAUACCAGUGUAUGAAAGCAGGAAGGAACCCCAACUACGGUUACACAAGCUUUGACACUUUCAGCUGGGCCUUCUUGGCAUUAUUUCGACUCAUGACCCAGGACUACUGGGAAAACUUGUAUCAAUUAACCUUGCGAGCCGCUGGGAAGACGUACAUGAUCUUCUUCGUCUUGGUCAUCUUUGUGGGUUCUUUCUAUCUGGUGAACUUGAUCUUGGCUGUGGUGGCCAUGGCUUAUGAAGAACAGAAUCAGGCAACACUGGAGGAGGCAGAGCAAAAAGAGGCUGAAUUCAAAGCAAUGUUGGAACAACUCAAGAAGCAACAGGAAGAGGCACAGGCGGCGGCCAUGGCCACUUCAGCAGGAACUGUCUCGGAAGAUGCCAUAGAAGAAGAAGGUGAAGAUGGGGUGGGCUCUCCCCGGAGCUCAUCUGAAAUUUCUAAACUCAGUUCCAAGAGCGCCAAAGAGAGACGUAACAGGCGAAAGAAGAGGAAGCAAAAGGAGCUCUCUGAAGGAGAGGAAAAAGGGGAUCCUGAGAAGGUGUUCAAGUCAGAGUCCGAAGAUGGUAUGAGGAGGAAGGGCUUUCGGCUGCCAGACAACAGAAUUGGGAGGAAAUUUUCCAUCAUGAAUCAGUCGCUGCUCAGCAUUCCGGGCUCCCCGUUCCUCUCCCGCCACAACAGCAAAAGCAGCAUCUUCAGCUUCAGGGGCCCCGGGCGGUUCCGAGACCCGGGCUCGGAGAACGAGUUUGCGGACGACGAGCACAGCACCGUGGAGGAGAGUGAGGGCCGCCGGGACUCGCUCUUCAUCCCUAUCCGGGCCCGCGAGCGCCGCAGCAGCUACAGCGGCUACAGCGGCUACAGCCAGGGCAGCCGCUCCUCGCGCAUCUUCCCCAGCCUGCGGCGCAGCGUCAAGCGCAACAGCACGGUGGACUGCAACGGCGUGGUGUCCCUCAUCGGCGGCCCCGGCUCCCACAUCAGCGGGCGUCUCCUGCCAGAGGUGAAAAUAGAUAAGGCAGCUACUGACGACAGUGCUACAACCGAGGUGGAAAUUAAGAAGAAAGGCCCUGGAUCUCUCUUAGUCUCCAUGGACCAGCUGGCUUCCUAUGGGCGGAAGGACAGGAUCAACAGCAUAUUGAGUGUAGUUACCAAUACGCUAGUGGAAGAGCUGGAAGAGUCUCAGAGGAAGUGCCCGCCAUGCUGGUAUAAAUUUGCCAACACUUUCCUCAUCUGGGAGUGUCACCCCUACUGGAUAAAGCUGAAAGAGAUUGUGAACUUGAUCGUCAUGGACCCUUUUGUGGACCUGGCCAUCACCAUCUGCAUUGUCCUCAAUACGCUGUUUAUGGCAAUGGAGCACCAUCCUAUGACCCCGCAGUUUGAACAUGUCUUGGCUGUAGGAAAUCUGGUUUUCACUGGAAUUUUCACAGCGGAAAUGUUCCUGAAGCUCAUAGCCAUGGAUCCCUACUAUUAUUUCCAAGAAGGUUGGAACAUUUUUGACGGAUUUAUUGUCUCCCUCAGUUUAAUGGAACUGAGUCUAGCAGACGUGGAGGGGCUUUCAGUGCUGCGAUCUUUCCGAUUGCUUCGAGUCUUCAAAUUGGCCAAAUCCUGGCCCACCCUGAACAUGCUGAUCAAGAUUAUUGGAAAUUCAGUGGGUGCCCUGGGCAACCUGACCCUGGUGCUGGCCAUUAUUGUUUUCAUCUUUGCCGUGGUGGGGAUGCAGCUCUUUGGAAAGAGCUACAAAGAGUGUGUCUGCAAGAUCAACCAGGACUGUGAACUCCCUCGCUGGCACAUGCAUGACUUUUUUCAUUCUUUCCUCAUUGUCUUUCGAGUGUUGUGCGGGGAGUGGAUCGAGACCAUGUGGGACUGCAUGGAGGUGGCCGGCCAGGCCAUGUGCCUCAUUGUCUUCAUGAUGGUCAUGGUUAUUGGCAACUUGGUGGUGCUGAACUUGUUUCUGGCCUUGCUCCUGAGCUCCUUCAGCGCCGACAACCUGGCGGCCACCGACGACGAUGGGGAGAUGAACAACCUGCAGAUCUCGGUCAUCCGGAUCAAGAAGGGUGUGGCUUGGACCAAACUCAAAGUGCACGCCUUCAUGCAGGCCCACUUCAAGCAGCGCGAGGCUGACGAAGUGAAGCCUCUGGACGAGCUGUACGAAAAGAAGGCCAACUGCAUCGCCAACCACACUGGCGCCGACAUCCACCGGAACGGCGACUUCCAGAAAAACGGCAACGGCACGACCAGCGGCAUCGGCAGCAGCGUGGAGAAGUACAUCAUCGAUGAGGACCACAUGUCCUUCAUCAACAACCCCAACCUGACCGUGAGAGUGCCCAUCGCCGUGGGCGAGUCGGAUUUUGAGAACCUCAACACGGAAGACGUCAGCAGCGAGUCGGAUCCUGAAGGCAGCAAAGAUAAACUGGAUGAUACCAGCUCCUCUGAAGGCAGCACCAUCGAUAUCAAGCCGGAAGUAGAAGAAGUCCCUGUGGAACAGCCCGAGGAAUACUUGGAUCCGGACGCCUGCUUCACAGAAGGUUGUGUCCAGAGAUUCAAGUGCUGCCAGGUCAACAUCGAGGAAGGGCUCGGCAAGUCCUGGUGGAUCCUGCGGAAGACCUGCUUCCUCAUCGUGGAGCACAAUUGGUUUGAGACCUUCAUCAUCUUCAUGAUUCUGCUCAGCAGCGGCGCCCUGGCCUUCGAGGACAUCUACAUCGAGCAGAGGAAGACCAUCCGCACCAUCCUGGAGUACGCGGACAAGGUCUUCACCUACAUCUUCAUCCUGGAGAUGCUGCUCAAGUGGACAGCCUAUGGCUUCGUCAAGUUCUUCACCAAUGCCUGGUGCUGGCUGGACUUCCUCAUCGUGGCUGUCUCCUUAGUCAGCCUUAUAGCUAAUGCCCUGGGCUACUCGGAACUAGGUGCCAUAAAGUCCCUUAGGACCCUAAGAGCUUUGAGACCCUUAAGAGCCUUAUCACGAUUUGAAGGGAUGAGGGUGGUGGUGAAUGCCUUGGUGGGCGCCAUCCCCUCCAUCAUGAAUGUGCUGCUGGUGUGUCUCAUCUUCUGGCUGAUUUUCAGCAUCAUGGGAGUGAACCUGUUUGCGGGAAAGUACCACUACUGCUUUAAUGAGUCUUCUGAGAUCCGAUUUGAAAUUGAAGAUGUCAACAAUAAAACUGAGUGUGAAAAGCUCAUGGAGGGGAACAAUACGGAAAUCAGAUGGAAGAACGUGAAGAUCAACUUUGACAACGUCGGGGCAGGAUAUCUGGCGCUUCUUCAGGUGGCAACCUUCAAAGGCUGGAUGGACAUCAUGUAUGCAGCUGUAGAUUCCCGAAAGCCCGAUGAGCAGCCUAAGUAUGAGGACAACAUCUACAUGUACAUCUACUUUGUCAUCUUCAUCAUCUUCGGCUCCUUCUUCACCCUGAACCUGUUCAUUGGUGUCAUCAUUGAUAACUUCAAUCAACAGAAGAAAAAGUUUGGAGGUCAGGACAUCUUCAUGACUGAAGAACAGAAGAAGUACUACAAUGCCAUGAAAAAGCUGGGCUCAAAGAAACCACAGAAACCCAUCCCCCGCCCCCUGAACAAAAUCCAAGGCAUCGUCUUUGAUUUCGUCACUCAGCAAGCCUUUGACAUCGUCAUCAUGAUGCUCAUCUGCCUGAACAUGGUGACGAUGAUGGUGGAGACCGACACGCAGAGCAAGCAGAUGGAGAACAUCCUCUACUGGAUCAACCUGGUCUUCGUCAUCUUCUUCACCUGUGAGUGUGUGCUCAAGAUGUUCGCCUUGAGGCACUACUACUUCACCAUCGGCUGGAACAUCUUCGACUUCGUGGUGGUCAUCCUCUCCAUCGUGGGCAUGUUCCUGGCUGAUAUAAUUGAGAAAUAUUUUGUUUCCCCAACCCUUUUCCGAGUCAUCCGAUUGGCCCGCAUUGGGCGCAUCUUGCGUCUGAUCAAAGGCGCCAAAGGGAUUCGUACCCUGCUCUUUGCCUUAAUGAUGUCCUUGCCGGCUCUGUUCAACAUCGGCCUCCUGCUCUUCCUGGUCAUGUUCAUCUUCUCCAUCUUUGGGAUGUCCAACUUCGCGUACGUGAAGCACGAGGCCGGCAUCGAUGACAUGUUCAACUUCGAGACGUUCGGCAACAGCAUGAUCUGCCUGUUCCAGAUCACCACCUCGGCUGGCUGGGACGGCCUGCUGCUGCCCAUCCUCAACCGGCCCCCCGACUGCAGCCUGGACAAGGAGCACCCGGGCAGUGGCUUUAAAGGCGACUGCGGGAACCCCUCCGUGGGCAUCUUCUUCUUCGUGAGCUACAUCAUCAUCUCCUUCCUGAUCGUGGUGAACAUGUACAUCGCCAUCAUCCUGGAGAACUUCAGCGUGGCCACGGAGGAGAGCGCGGACCCCCUGAGUGAGGACGACUUCGAGACCUUCUACGAGAUCUGGGAGAAGUUCGACCCCGACGCCACCCAGUUCAUCGAGUACUGUAAGCUGGCGGACUUUGCGGACGCCCUGGAGCAUCCCCUCCGCGUGCCCAAGCCCAACACCAUCGAGCUCAUCGCCAUGGAUCUGCCCAUGGUCAGCGGGGACCGCAUCCACUGCUUGGACAUCCUUUUUGCCUUCACCAAGCGCGUCCUGGGAGACAGCGGCGAGCUGGACAUCCUCCGGCAGCAGAUGGAGGAGAGGUUCGUGGCGUCCAAUCCUUCCAAAGUGUCUUACGAGCCCAUCACGACCACCCUGCGGCGCAAGCAGGAAGAGGUGUCGGCCGUGGUCCUGCAGCGCGCCUACCGGGGACAUUUAGCCCGGCGGGGCUUCAUUUGCAAAAAGACACCUUCCAAUAAGCUGGAGAACGGAGGCACGCACCGGGAGAAAAAGGAGAGCACCCCGUCCACCGCCUCCCUCCCAUCCUAUGACAGUGUAACUAAACCCGAGAAGGAGAAACAGCAGCGGGCGGAGGAGGGAAGAAGGGAAAGAGCCAAACGACAGAAAGAGGUCAGAGAAUCCAAGUGUUAGGGGAAAGCUAACUUCGACAGUGUGCAGAUGUCCAACGUGCAAGCGAAAGAUUGUUUACAAACUUCCUGAAUAUUAUCAAUGCAGAACAGCUGUGGAGACACUUUAACCCGAAGAUCUAUACCAAACGUAGUCUGCUUACCAUGUAACACGGUUGCAUCUUGAGCAGUGACCUGCCAAGGGCAAAGGACCCUCCUCCCUGGACUCAACAGAUUUUCUAAUGCUUGGGCAGGUGGUUACUGCAUGUUCCACAUCAGUCAAUGCAACUUUUAGGACAAAACUAACAGGAUACAAAAACAGAGGAGAGGCUGCCGGGACCAGUGUAUUUCCGUUGCAGCCAAAUGGAUUUUAUUUUUUCAUUUUGUUGAUUCUCAGAAGCAGAAAGCAUCUCUUUCAAAGUUUGUUUGUUCAUGCAAACUCUCUUUGCAUUCUUACAUUAGUUAAGCUAAGCGGCAAAAAGGAAAAAACACACACACUCACAUUUAGCCCGUGUCAUUUAACGGUCACUUUCUUUGGCAUAAACCGCAUCUUCUCCACAUGGGCUUCACGUGGUUUGGAGAUGGGUGGGGGAAAACAAAUCAGGUUUCUUCAGGCUGAGGAGGACUUGCUCAGGCCGAUUCCAAACAUUGUGCUCAUUCAAUGCGUAGAAAUGAUUUGCAUGAUGGCAUGCCGUGAUCAGAAGUCAUGCAUGAGAACCAUACACCACAGGACACUACCGAUCCUGUCCCCUGCCCUGGGUCAGCCUUUGGACAGGACCCAGCCCUGCACCAUUCACUGUAUUUGGAGAAAAAAAUGGUAAGCGUUCCAUACCCGCUGCAGUUCUUGACGAAUUCUUAGAGGUCUUUCAUACACCUUCUGGGUAGGGAAACACAACCAACCAGUCACCACCACCACCACCACCACCACCACCACCAAACAAACCCAGUCCAACAAGCAGAUGGAUCCGUUGUGUGUAUCUGUUUCACAGACAUCUCUAACAUACAGCCGUUGUUGCACAUCUUGAAAGAUGAACUGUUUAAUGCUGCUCUGUGUCCCAUCCACGGGGCAACUUUGAUCCCGAAUGGCUUGUAUUAACGUCACUGUAAAACCAAAUCCUAGGGCUAAAAAAAAACAAAACAAAAAGACAAAAAAAAAUGUUCAUUUGUAUCCUGCAAUAUUUAUGAUUUGUUGAGCCUUCAUACUGGAGAACUGACACUUUGGGGGGACAGAGAUAAAAGUGCUACUGUUCAGAGUAGCAUGUUAUCUCUAGAGGGUCAUUUGGGGGAAAGGGGUGCUCACUUCAUCAGUAGCGUGCCCGCGUUGUGGCUUUCUCCGGGCUUGGGUCCGUGUGGAGCAGGGUCCGGAGUCUGAGCAGACCGUCUUCCGCAGAGAGGUGGUGGCAAGCUCACACACAGCGUGAUUCAUGAAUGCCUCUUGCCUCCAUCACUUGUUUCCACCACGCAGGGCUUCCUUUACCCACAGAGCUGGGUAAGGGCAGCAGCCUCGGCGCCUCAGCUCUGGUUCUUUCGUGUCUUAUGAGAAUCAGUCGUCACUGGUGGGACCAGUCGAGACAGAGCGGCCUCUGAACCCAGCCCACCUGGUUUCUUUAUCGCACUGGUUCUCAUGGGAAAGCGAUUCAGUGUGAAUUCUUAAGAAGUCCCAGUGUCCCCCAGCGUAUUCCCUUUUGGCCAGUUUUGCUCUCUGCUUAGUGACCUGCCCAUUGUCAUUGGAGGGUGGCUUGGGGGGGAACGUCAUUGCUUCCAUUCCAUCUCCUGCUUCAGGGAAGACAGCUUUUAGUCCAGGGGUUUCUCGUCUGCUGACUAGAUUUCAGAGCUAAGAUGCUGCAGUUGAAUGUGUCAGGAAGUCUAUACAAAGAACAAGGAGAGACUUCAGCAUGCAGGCCCAAUCAAAACAAAUUCUUCCCCAGCCACACAGUAGAGGGGGGAAAGCCCAUAAUCAGACACACCAGUCUGCCUUGCAGUAGAAGCACUUUGGAUGUAAUUUCCCAGCCCACCUGACUAGUUUUGCGUAGAACAAACCACAGCAAGUCAGUGAGCAGAGCUUUCUACCUUGUUGGACCACGAGAAACUGUCCAGCUCUCAUAAGCCUGCUUCUGCAGCACCAUCCGUAGAACCUUUUGUACUCCACCCAAUAGCAGGUUGGGAAGGCGUUUUUCCAUCGGCGACCCCGCUAACUGCUAGGAUGAAUGUAUAGUAACAUGUACAGGCUACAUCGUAAACAGCACAAAACAGCUGACAUGUGUGGUUAUUCUUUUUAAGAGAAUUAUAAAUACUGUAAUAUAUCAUUUUAUUUUAUUAGCAUGCCUUUUUGUAAAUACAAAUUAUUAACUUAUUAAAUAGGAAAUGGCUUCUGGCUUAUGCCAUUGUCAUGUUUAUUUUUAUUUUUUAUACUUUCCUUUCUUCUUAGAACUUAGACGCUGUCAGCCAAUGUACAUCCCCAAACCAGACAGACAGACAAAAAAUUUUUUAUUGCUAAUGGUCUUUUCCAAAACGACAACAAAAAUAUAUUUUUGUUCCAAUGUGCAAUAAAUUCUAACCACUUCUAUGCAAGAUUUGGCUAAACUUCAUAAUUGUUCUUGUUCUUAGGUCUUGAGAUGGGCAACAGAGCUAUGAGAUUCCCGCUCCGUACUCCAAGCGCUCGCGCUAGUGAUUGUCAUUAAGCUCCUAGAGCCGAGUCAUGAGAUUUUUCUGAGACCUGACCUCUUUCCUCCCCAGACCCUGCUCCCGGCCCAGCAGGCUAGCUCCUCCGUAACUCGUAACUCACACACCGGCCUUGGUAUCUGACACCCAUCAGCCAGCUUCACAGGGAAGAAGCCACCUCCACUCUCUUUGAAGUUGCUUUUUUCUUUUUCUUAACUUUUCCCACCUUCUUUUCCCUCACCCAGCGCCCCUUCACACACCGGCCCACUGACUUGCUCGCUCGCUCACUCACUCGCCCUGCUCCACACUUCGUUGGUAGUCAGUGACACCAUCACCAGCAGUUUACACCCGCAGUUAACAGGCACUGAACGGAGUCAAUGAUGACGUUUUUGUGCGUCUUCACUGAGGGGGGAAGUGGCAGCGCUUUGCCAAAUAUUAACGAAGCCAAUCAAAAAGCAGCAGCAGCCACAGUAUCACUGCACAUAUAUAUAUAUAGAUAUAUAAAUACAAUAUAAAUAUUUAUUUUUUGUAGCCGGGUCCUUGGUGCAGUAUUUAUACUCCACAAUCCACCUUUAAAAAAAGGACAAAAAGCAAAAAGACACGUGUGAUGCUGUUAAUUUAAAACGCAGAGCCAAAGCCACUGAGCAGCAGCUGACGCAGUUGCUGGUUUGUGUGUGAAAACACUUUCCCCUCUUCUUUCCUGAACCUCCGCGUUAGGAGGAGACUCCACAAUUUAAACCCGAGGGCGAGAGCAGCAAAACCUCCCCAAGGCAGCGGGACCUACUCCCCUCCUCUCCAGGUGAGCCGCUCUGGGCAUCAGAAGUUGACUGAGGGGGAGAUAAACAGAAACCCCCAGGCAAAGCCCCUGAAACAGAGUUCUUUUAUUUUUCAUCGCAACCAAUGUCAGCUUGUACAAGCCCAGUAGUGAAGACGGGUGUCUUAGUGACUGCAUGGCGGCCAGCACUGCUCUAGACGAGGCGUGAUGCGAGUCCGUCACUGCUAUAAGCCAAAAGGAAACAAAAUAAAAACCACCCGUUUUACCGUGCAAGGGAAGCCGGUCUUGGUGUGCGUUUGUUGCUUGACUCUCCCGAUUUUCGAUUCCUGGGCGGGGUCUGAAAACUGGGACCUUAGCACAGGUGGAGAAAGGAGGGGGAACGAAGGGAGAGAACGCAGAGGGUUUCUCCAAAAGUUCUGGCUAAGGAAUAGCGAUUGGAGAGAAAAGCAAGGUCCGGGCCUCCCCCCCCCAGGUCCCCGCUUCUUUCCCCCCCCCCCGCCGCAUGCGGCACCCCUCCUCCUGCCGGCCCCCAGGAAAGCCCUUCUGCGCUGGUCCCCCUGGCAGCGCCCCCAGAGAGGAUGGCAGCCAGCCCAGCUGGGCUGGCCUCACUUCUGCCUUUUUCACCAGUGUGUUAAGAAAACCAUUCCAAUGCCCCACAGCCUCCACGCUGCAAGCUAUUGCUGGGCCCUGCCCUCCAUCACCCCGACCACGAGCCAGCAGACUAGGGCUGGUCUCCCUCACGUUCGUGCAGGGAAGGGGGGCGCCCCUCCCUCCCCUUGCCCCGCUUUGGGGACAUCCCUCUCUAGGCCACGUCUCCCGGUCCAGGAACACUCAGGAGGAUUUUGAAGUGCCCACUCUUGUCCGCUCCAGUAGCUCCACUCUGGAGACAGAUGGCGGGUAGGUCAGUCCCCAUCCUCCUCCCCUCGGCCCCCAGCCUCCAGGCCUGCUGUGGAGGUGAGAUUGCCAUGGGUUAUGACUUUGUGACUUGAGUCCUGGGCAUCUUCUGUAAAGAUGCCUCUUUCUUUUCUCAGAUGUUGCCCAAAGUUUUGCAAAAAGCUUCGUUCAUUUUCAGGUACCCCCACCCCCUAAAGAAUCGGCUGCAACGAGCCAGCCAGGGGGACAUCAGGAGAGGAGAGGAAGUCUGCGUCCGGAGGGGCCCAAGGUUUGCACAGUCUGUGUUGGGGCUCAGCUUUGUGCUUUCUUGGAUUCUCCUUCCAAGAGUAGCAAGAUUUCCUCCAUUAAAACACUCCUGAGGCGCCCCCUGCCCCUGCCCCCACUGCUGUUUGCUGUACAUAGAGGCUGAGUGGGGUGGGGUGGGCGGGUGUGCACGUGUGGUGUGUGUGUGUGUGGAGAAUGUAUAUAGGUAAAGGGGAGCGCGGUCCAGUGGUUCCAGAAGAGGGACAGAACUCCUUUGUUCCAUCCCCGGCUCGACCACUGACUCGCUGUGUGGCCUUGGGCAAGUCACUUAACCUCUCUGUGCCUCAGUUUCCCCAUCUGUAAAAUGGGGAUAAUAAUACUGACCUACCUCACAGGGGUGUUGUGAGGCUUUAACUACAUGUUUUGUAAAGUGUUUUUGAGAUACAGAGGCCAAGGCACUAGGGAAGGGCAAAGUACUAUUUGGACUUUCGGAAGAUGAAAUGGUACCAUAAAUGCUGCUAUUCUGAGAGCCAUUUUAAACUGCACUGCUCCAACCACCCCCGCUUCUCAUCACCAGGACAGCAGGUCGAGAAAAUGUCUUUCCUUUCACUUGCUUCUGGGGUUUGUGAUUAUUCUAGACACUUAAUUUCUUUCCCUUGCUGUAUCUCCUUUCCUCACCCCCCUCGACUUGUUCCCUGUUCCGUUUAUGCGGAAAUGGCAGAAAUGCUUGAGAAAUGAGAAUGUAUAAGUGGAUUGGAAGUUUAUAGUCUGAAAUUUCAAUUUUACUUUGUACUGUACAUCUUUUUACUUUAGAAUUUGCAAUAAAGGGUUACGUCAA